AUGUCUCGUCAAAUUCAUAAUAGUCUGUCAACUAAACGCCGUAGGUUUUUAGAAGAAAUUGAAAUAAUUGAUGUUUAUAGAACUUGUCCACACCCAAAUGUAUCUAGAAAUAAUACAACUGUACAUCAGCAACAUCAAGGCAAUGUUAGUUAUAAUAUUAUUGUCGAUAAUGAAAGUCAAGUAUCAAAUUUAAUUUCAGAUGAACUUAAUUUUCCUUCAUUGUCACAAUGCAUUGAUGAUAAUAAAUAUCUUAUACUGUUUCUGAUAGUGAUGAUACCGAUGACGAGGAGUUGA